AUGAAAAAUAAUACAAAUAGCGCCUGUAAUUUAUUUCAGAGCAAUAUGACGAAAGGAAAGAAUAGUCAGAAGCGAACGGAAGGGAAAGUGUUGAAUUUUGAUCAUAUCGUGUUUUGGGUGGCCAAUGCUAAAACUGCGUCAUCCUAUUUCACAACACGACUUGGAUUCAGACCUCUUGCAGUACGGGACGCAACAGAAAACAGGCCCGUGCAAUCGUAUGCUGUAAGGUCAAAUCAGAUUACCCUUAUAUUCGAGUCACCGACUUCUCAAGGCGGAGAAAUAUCAAAGGAUUUGAUAGCUCAUGGUGACUUCGUGAAGGACGUGGCUUUUGAAGUCCAGGAUCUCGAUGAACUGGUCCGCAAAGCCAAGGAAGGUGGUGCUGAGGUAAUCAAGGGGAUCACAGAGGAGAAGGAUAAACAUGGAAGCUUGAGAUACGCUGUGCUUAAAACGUAUGGCGACAACACUCACACGCUCAUAGACCGUAGUAAGUAUAAAGGAGUGCUAUGGCCAGGAUUCGAACCUGUGGAGAAUGAUAUUCUUAACAAAACACUACCUGCGACUAAUUUGAUGUUCAUAGACCAUGUCGAAGGUAAUAUGGCUGAUGGAACACUCGAAGAUUCUGUUACUUGGUACGAAAAGAAUCUCAACAUGCAUAGAUUCUGGUGUGUAGACUACAAACACGAUAUAGUUCCAUAUUCCUGUAUCAACUCCGCAUCUGUCAUCAACAGAGAUGAAAACGUCCUUCUUUCUAUGAAUGAAGCGGCAAAAGGGUUAAGGCCUACGAGUAAAGCGACUGAAUUCGUGAAAGCUCUUGGCACUUCAGGAGUGGAACACAUUGCUUUGUACACGGAUGAUAUCGUUGCAACCAUGCGUAAUUUGAAAGCCCGUGGAGCCGACAUACUGUCAUGGCCGCCGACUUACUACGAUUUAAUUAGAGAGAAACUAAAGCACAGUUCUUUGAAAGUCGCUGAGAGUAUUGAAGAGUUACAGGAACAGAAUAUUCUGAUCGACUUCGAUGAACGAGGGUAUAUGCUGCAGGCAUUCACCAAGCAUAUCCAAGCAAGACCGACUGUGUUCAUUGAAAUAUUACAAAGAAGGAAUCAUAGGGGCUUCGGCGCUAUGAACUACAAAUGGGUGUUCGAAGCGAUCGAGAGGCUGGAGAACAAAGAAAUUAAGAGUGACCACACUGAAGACGUCAAGAAGAAUGAUGCUGCUUAA